GCGCCUCGGUAAAGUUUGAUCGUAGCGGGCCGCCGUCGUCGCCUGUUGCUCUCCACAACAGCAUUGCUGAGCUCAGCUGUCACAACUUCUGCUUCGACUGCGCUGCACUGAUUGACAUUUGGACAAUUUGUUCUCCUCGCCGGCUUUAACAGCCACACGCGUAACUAGUUCGUUGUGUUUUCCUUACAAACCGAUGCUACUUCGUACCGAAUUCACUUUUAACACUUGGCAUCCAAAAGCCACACAGUAAGUGACCAUGAUGCUGUCAAGCCAUGACAGAAGAUUUCCACUGAAAUCCACAGACAGUGUGCAAAACAUUUCGUCCCUGUCCUUUGGAAAGGAUUGAUGCACAAGUUAUGGAGAGCAAAGAGCACAGCUUUGCAGAAGAGGCGGCCAGCACACUUCCAAAGCGAGGACUGCUCCACAUUUGGCAGUCGGGGGGACCGAGCGAGCCGCUUAGCCCAGAAAGAGUGCUUCUGUCCCAGUGUGUCCUGCAGGUGGCCCUGGGAGAACAUCAUGGACUCCUGCUGGCACAGGGUGGUCACGUGUAUUCUUUUGGCGAGCUGCUGUGGAGGGGCCUCAGUGUUCCGCCAUCAGCUCCAUUGUUGGAGGUCUCCUUGCGAGGGACGACUGUGGUGCACGUGGCUUGCGGUGGUUUUCAUUGCGGAGCCUUGAGCGAGCAGGGUGGCAUGUACAUGUGGGGGGAGAACACCGCAGGACAGUGUGGGCCAACCGAGGGGGACGCGGACUCAAACGUGACUGUUGCAGACCCAUACCCGCUGGCUGUGGUGGACAACGAGGUGGUUCCUCCCUCGAUGGUUCGGAUUGUGGAUCUGGCCUGCGGACGGGAGCACAGUCUGGCUUUGUCAGCCCAGAAUGAGCUGUGGGCCUGGGGCAGUGGAUGCCAGCUCGGCCUCGUCACAAGCAACUUCCCCGUGUGGAAACCGCAAAAGGUGGAACACUUGGCUGGCAGGCAUGUGAUUCAGGUGGCUUGUGGGGCCUACCACAGCCUUGCUCUGGUUCGUUGUCUACAUCCAGAAAAUCCCAAUACUCCAAAACCGCAAGAGAGGCGGGGAUCACAGAGGGACGAGGCUUUUGCUUCUGAUGAUGCGCACUACUGUCCACUUGGAGUGGAGCUUACGGAAAGCAUGACAGCAGAGGCUUCAGCCAGAAGACGUUCCAGACAAAGGCUCUGGCCAGCUGGCAUUAGCCAUGAAUCGCAAGCUCAUCUUUGUCCAUACUCCUGCAGCAUAUCUGACAAUAAAGAGAAUGUUCUUCUGGCCGGUACCGAAAUUGAGCCUGAUGAACACGCUGACCCUCUAACCCAGACGGACAGCUGUACUACAUCAUACCCGCUGCCAGCCUUGACAGAUAAAAAGAAACCCGCUUUGCCUAAUGAGCUGGAGCUUCACAACCUCCUCCAGAAACUCUCUGGUCACUCAUUAGAGAUGCAACAUAGCAGAAGGCUGGGAGACGCAGACUCACUGAGCAGUCAAACCUCAGAUGACAGCUAUGUUUCUUCAACUCCUUCUAAUGAACUGUUACACACCAGAUGUGAAAAUUACUUGACAUUUAGUGACGUGGUCCGGUCCUCAUCUCUAGUGGGCUUGGAAGAAGGUUCUCCGUGGAAGAAAAAAAUAAUGCUGGAGCACAAGAGCUCUAGUCUUAAAGACAUAAACCAGAAGGGGAAAACUGGAACCAGGAGAUGCUCCCUACCUGGAACACCCACCCAUGCAACCCCAAGGCGACAGCAACAUUUUAGUAGCAAGCCAUCCUCUGUUUCAGAGGAUGGGCUUCCGUCCUUGAAGACGGAGGUAUGGAGCUGGGGGAGAGGCUCCGAAGGGCAACUGGGCCAUGGCGAUCAACUGGCCAGACUCCAGCCUCUUUGUAUUAAGUGUUUGACAGGCGAGGAAGUGAUCAAAGUCGCCGCAGGAUCACACCAUUCACUGGCUCUCACCGCUCAGUGCCAGCACUCUUUUAUGCAGGUCUACUCAUGGGGCAGCAACAUGUGUGGACAACUCGGUCAUGUCAACAGUCCUGUUACUGUCCCACAGCAGGCUAAGCUUUCCGAUGGUCUUCGGGCGUGGGACGUGUCGGCGGGCCAGAGCCACUCCCUCCUCUUGGCUGACGGAGAAUGUGACCAGCCCCUGCUGCUGUACUGCGGGCAGCAGCAGGAGCCGAGGUCGAAGCAGAGUGAGACAUCCUGCCGGGGUGCCAGAUCGUGCCAGCGGUCACCCAACAGGGCUGAAAGUUACACAGUCAGACCCACGUUGAUGCCGUUUUGCAUGGAGAUGGGUUACAUCAGCAGUGUGUGCAGUGGCGGUCAAAGGUGUGCGCUGCUGGCCAACCACAUCAUCAUCGGUGUAAUCUCGGCCAUCCACGAGCUGGCUUCCAUCGAGAGGAGGUUUUACUACUGGUUGAGCAGCCUAAGAAAGCUGCUUCUUAUGCCCCUCUUCAACAAAGAGAGUGCGUGUCCAUCCCUCGGUGAUCCCUGCACUCGUCUCUUCCUCUCCCUUUAUAAGAGUUUUGUUCACCUGAGCAUCCUCAUUGGUCAACACUCGACGUCGCUCACCCAUUUCCUGCACAACGUGCUACGUCGGGAUGUUGCUUCCCUUCACCUGCUCACGCACAUUCAGCACUUCCUGGACAUCUAUACUGAGUAUUGCACUGUUGUGGGGGACUUCCAGGUCAUGGGUGGAUUUCAAUUGCUCCAUAAACUCUCGCUUGAGUGUUUAGGUUCUAAGCAGACCAAACUUUUUGAACUGGACCUGUCGGUAAGCGGCGACGCCGAUCUGGGUUCCUUGUUGUAUUGGCCUCUGCAGCAGCUUCAGCAGUACAAUCGAGUCCUGCUCAAACUGGAAGCCUGCUACGACGUGCUUACAACUGAGUAUCAGUACCUACAUCAGAGCUGUGUGCAGUACGAACACCUUUCUGCAAUACUGCUGAGGAGGAAGAAGGAGGCUGAAGUCACUUUCAUCUUCUGGAAGACUCACUCUGGGAAAAACACAGAGGGUCUGCGUCUCCCACAGCGACGCGUGUUAUGUGAAAGCAGCAACAGAACCCUGACUCUGCAGGGCGCUGGCCGCUUUUCCAACCACUGGUUCAUACUGUUCAACGACGCGCUGGUUCACAUACAGCGCGCCACUCCUCCUAAGAGCCUCUUCUCCACUCACCGUGUCUACCCUGUGAACCUUUUGUGGGUAAAACCGCUUCCUGAAAACGACAGUGGAUGCUAUGCCAUCAAAAUGUCAUGUCCAGAAGAGACCUUCAUCCUGGUGGCCUCGACACCACAAGAGAAGAACAAGUGGCUCCAUUUUCUUAAUCAAGAGGUGGACCGCGUGCUGAGUGGUGGAGGUCAGGGUUCAUCGCCAGGAAUAACAGCAAUGUCCCGCACGGCCUCCUACACAUUCACCGGAGAGGGACAAUUCAAGGAUGCACAGUAUACUGGGAGCUGGCUGGCUGGACGAGUUCAUGGCAGAGGAACAAUGAGAUGGCAGGAUGGACGUACCUACACCGGGAACUUUAAAAAUGGACUGGAGGAUGGCUAUGGCGAGUGCAUGAUUCCUGACAAACUGCUGAAUAAAGCAGGCUGCUACCAGGGACACUGGCGUGAUGGCAAGAUACACGGCUUUGGCAUCUACAGGUAUGCCACAGGCGAGGUAUACGAGGGCUGCUUCAAUGAAGGCCAGCGCCACGGCUACGGCAUGCUGCGCUCUGGCAAGAUGGACAAGACUUCUUCAGGCGUCUUCAUUGGCCAGUGGGUCUGUGACAAGAGGACUGGAUAUGGCGUCUAUGAUGACAUCACCAGGGGUGAGAAGUACAUAGGAAUGUGGUUGGAUGAUGAGAGGCACGGGAGCGCUGUGGUCGUGACUCAGUACAGUGUUUACUAUGAAGGGAACUUCAGGGAAAACAAGAUGAAUGGUCUCGGUUUGCUGGUAUCAGAUGAUGACACAGCCUUCCACGGGGAGUUUUAUGAAGACUGGACUGUCAACGGGAAGGGGAUUUUAUCCCUUGCAAAUGGUGACACUUUAGAGGGCCACUUCAGUGGGGAGUGGAGCGCGGGCCUGAAAGUGGACGGAAUUUACACCAAACAAGCCGCUGAUGAGAUUGAAGACAAGGACAGAAAUAAUUUUCUCAGGUUGGGUCGGUACGUGGUGGCUGCCGAUGAGAGGUGGGUGUGCGUUUUCGACGAAUGCUGGAGGCGACUGGGCUGUGACGUCGCUGACAGAGGAGAGAGGACGACAGCCUGGGAGAACAUUGCUGUUUGUAUUUCAAGUGCACGUCAACACAGCCCAGACCUCAGCAGAUAUCAGAGCAAAGUGCUGGAGUGUUUGGAGUGUAUUCCUCACCACGCGGAUGCAGUCACCACCACAAAUUAUGACAACAUACGAAAAUACCUCGCUAAGGCAUGUGAGACACCGAUCCACCCUCUUGGCUGGCUGGUGGAGACGCUGGUGACCGUCUACAGGAUGACCUACCUGGGUGUGGAGUCAAACCACCGGCUGCUCAGGGAGGCUGUGAAGGAGGUGCAGGCCUACGUUAAACACUUCUACUCCAUUGUCAGGUUCCUGUUUCCUGGGUUACCAGAUGAUGGCAGCGUCCUCCCAGAUACUCCCAUUUCUCCGUGUAGAAUCAGAUACAGCUCGUUUACAGAAGAGCCAAGCUUCGUCUCAGUCGUGAGCUGCUCCACUCUGCUCCUCCCACUGCUGCUCCCUCAACUCUAUCAACCUCUGUUCAUGUUGUACUGCCUCCACGACGAACAGCAGGAGGCGCAAUACUGGGAGCGCAUCCUCCGACUCAACAAGCAGCCCGAUCAGUCCUUGCUCAGCUUCCUGGGCGUUCAGCAGAAGUUCUGGCCAAUGUGGAUGUCUGUUCUUGGGGAGAAAAAACAGAUUGUAUCCAGCAGUAAAGACGUCAGUUUUGGUUGCGCUGUGGAGACACUCCAACAAAUCAGCACCACUUUCACUCCUUCGGAGAAACUCUUGGUCAUCCAGAAUACCUUUGAGGAGUUGACCCAGGAAAUCAAACCAACGCAGGACGGUGACUUCCUGUGGUGCAUGGACGACCUGCUCCCUCUCUUCCUCUACAUUGUGCUUAGGGCGAGAAUCAGAAACCUGGGUGCUGAAGUGAGUCUGAUAGAAGACUUGAUGGAUCCCAAUGUUCAGCAUGGAGAGCUGGGACUCAUGUUUACCACGCUGAAGGCCUGCUACAUGCAGAUCCAGAUGGAAUCGAUGAUAUAGCAGUGAGCAAGACUGACCGAACCCCAGUUCAAGCUACCAGGCAGUCCUACCAUCCAGUACUACUAACAAGUAUGUUUCCACACCUCUCACUGGAUGUUCUCAACUUUAAUUCUUUUUUUUUUUGCCCAAUGGGAUCUUAUUGUAGCUCUGAACACAUACACACGUACGCGUACAAACGUCUCAGGGAUUUCAAGCACAGAUACUACAAUCGUUAAGUCUCUUUAUACUGAUGUUACAUUCUGUUACAUUGUACGUUUUUUUUAAUGAAUGGGAGCGAGGCAAAAAAAUAAUAAUACUGCUGACUAUUUGAAUUUUGAAGCAAAAAAAAAAGAAUUAGGUGUGCAUGUUUUAGUCGACAAUUUCUUUUUUUUUUUUUUUUUUUUUUUUAACAUUUCACUGGUUGCAAACUGAAUGUACAUUUCUAUUCUAUCCCAAAAUAUACAGCGACGAUAUACAGGCGCUUCUUAAUAAAUUAUAAUAUUGUAUAAAAGUUAAUUUGUUUCAGUAGUUCAAUUCAAAAAGUGAAACUCUUAUACUGUUUUAUUAAACACAUAGGAAAAAUAGUUUUCAGAAGGCCAACUACUACCUAAUUUCUACAUUUAAAAAUGAUUCUUAUGGGAUAUUCUCAUUUCUUGGUGAAUUUGGGGUUUUCGUUAGCUCUAAGCUAUAUUUAACAAAAAUAUUAAAAAUGUAAUCAUGAAAUAUUUUAUUCUCUGUGUUGUGACUAUAGAAUAUGAGUUUCACUUUUCAAAUUCAACUACAGUAUUGAAAUACAUUGGGUUUUCCACAAUAUGAAAAUGUAUUGUGAUGCUUUCUCUGGGAAUAAGCGGCGCGUAAAGCUGUAGGCGUUUUAAAAAGGGAAAGCGCUUAUACUGUAUUUCUGUCUUUCGGGUUUUAAUUUAUAAUGAUUCUAUUAACUGUCGGUUGAAAGCAUUUCAUGCAAUUUGGUUGGUGUUUUUUUUGCACGCAUAGCCAUUGUCGUUAGUUUUUCAAGAACUACUACUGUGCUUAUGUAAACGAAUGAACAAAAUCUAGCACUUUUUUUUUCCCCCUCUCACUGUGUUAACACGCAAUUGCAAGUUUGUAUUUUGUUAAGCCACCCAUCAGGUGCAUCAAUUAUUUACCAAGUAUGUAUCACAGUUCACAGUUGAAUGUAUAAUAUUAUUGCAGUACUAUACAUGCAUAUAAUCUCCUGUAUGAAAUGUCUUUUUGUUUUGGCCAGAUUGUAUCUUUUGAUUUGUGCACUUAUUCAUUUUUAGAAGUCACAAAAUACCUUGCAGGUAUCAGCAGGAGUUACUGUAUUAUGUCAAGUCCUUGAAUGCACAGUAAUGAAUGUAUCACACCUUUCACGCACACAUUUAGGAUUUAAUAAAUUCAUCACACAUUUCAAAUGUGUUAGACUGAAUUCAACCAUCUGAUGAUUUUUAUUUAGCAUAUUUUCAUAGAAAAUGUAGUAAACAAGAAGAGAGCAAUCAUUUGUCACGGGAGAAAUAAAGCAUAAUUUGUAUUUGUCUAAAAAUGUCCUAAAUGAACAAUGAAUAGAGUUUAUUGUAUACUUGAGAUUAUUUUUGUAAAAGCAGAUUAACAAUGUACAGUAUUUUUGUGACAUUACUAAAGCACGCUAACACUUAACAUAUCAAAUGUGUGGCUUUUGAUUGACAGCUUAAUUAAAUGAUUCAUGUGAUUUUGCA